AAAAAAUUAAUGAAACGAAAGAAGAAGAAGUUAACGAGAUUAAUGGUAAAGAAGAUUCUCUACCAGUAUAUUUCGAACAACAAUAUGAUUGGUUUAAUUUACAAGCGAACAGAAUAAAUAGAAACACAAGAAAACCAUUAAUAGUGGGAGUAUUUCAAAAUCAACCAUUAGAUGAAAUAAUUAAAAUAGUUGAUCAUUUGAAAUUAGAUUUAGUUCAAUUACAUGGAGAAGAAACAUUAGAAAUGUCAAGAUUUAUACCUCUACCUGUAAUUAAAGCUUUUCAUAUUGAUGAAAGUUUUUCCAAUCCGACGUUAGUUUCUCAACCAGGAUAUAAUGCAUUAUCUUUAUUAGACACAAAA